AUGAGUGCACUCACUUUUUUUGAUGGCGCUAUUUCCAGGGAAAUCGCUGGCCACAAGAAGAAAGUGCACUGUGUUGCCUGGAACCUGUCCGGACGCAGGCUCGCGAGUGGUUCUGUGGACCAGAGCGCGAGGGUGUGGGACGUUGAGCACGGCACGUGCCUAGGGAAAGAACUUGAACUGAAGGGUCAUAGCGACAGUGUUGAUCAGGUGUGUUGGGACCCGACGAGUGGCGACAGACUAGCGACCGUCUCAGGGGACAAAUCGCUGCGCGCUUGGGACGUUCGUUCUGGUUCAAAUUGCGUAGCCGCGAUCAACACCAGCGGGGAGAAUAUCAAUCUCGCUUGGCAUCCAGACGGGGUCACUAUUGCAAUUGGCGAUCGCGAGGAUUUAGUUUCAUUUGUGGACACGCGCAAGCUCAGGGUCGUGAGCGUUCGAAAGUUUCCAUUCGAAGUGAAUGAAAUGCGUUGGUCCCCGGACGGUGAUAUCCUUUGGGUCACCACAGGGACAGGUACUGUCGAAGUCCACGCGUGGCCAUCCUCCCGCAAGAUGCUCUCCAUGAAAGCGCACACUGCCGGAUGCUACGCGAUCGAUGUAGACCCUUUGGGGAGGAAAUUGGCUGUCGGGGGUGCGGACACACUUGUUAGCAUGUGGGAUACGGAGGAAUAUACCUGUCUUUACACCGUCGCGAGGUCGGGCAAGCCAGUGAGGGUCGUCAGGUUCAGUAUGGGCGGAGACUUCAUUGCAACAGGAUCCGAAGAACAUUUUAUUGACAUAGCGGACUCACAAACUGGGGCUUGUGCCGCAAAAUUAUCAACGGGGGCCGCGACGAACUCACUUGCGUGGUCGCCGUCAGAGCACAUCUUGGCAUAUGUUGGGGAUGCACAGCCAGGCAAGAUUGACAGGCACGCAAGAACGUCUAUACGGAUCUGGGGAGUGCCAUCGGGUGCGAUGGCAUAG